GCGGGGGCGGGGAGGAGCCGAGGGGGUUCAGAAAAAGCUCGGCCGCCGGGUGGGUCGGGGCGUUCGGCGCGCCCUUCACUGAAGCGGCGGUGGCCGGGCUGGGCGCCGGGAGUGGGAAGCGACGGCGCGGCUGGAAAAUGCCAGUCCAUUCCCGAGGGGAUAAGAAGGAGACGAACCAUCACGAUGAGAUGGAGGUGGACUACGCCGAAAACGAGGGGAGCAGCUCCGAGGACGAGGACACCGAGAGCUCGUCGGUCUCCGAGGAUGGAGAUAGCUCAGAAAUGGAUGAUGAAGACUGUGAAAGAAGAAGAAUGGAAUGUUUAGAUGAAAUGUCCAAUCUUGAAAAACAGUUUACCGAUCUCAAGGAUCAACUUUAUAAAGAACGAUUAAGUCAGGUGGAUGCAAAACUACAAGAAGUCAUAGCUGGAAAAGCACCAGAAUAUUUGGAACCACUGGCAACUUUACAAGAAAAUAUGCAAAUUCGUACAAAGGUAGCAGGAAUCUAUAGAGAGCUCUGCUUAGAAUCUGUAAAGAACAAAUAUGAAUGUGAAAUUCAAGCUUCUCGCCAGCAUUGUGAGAGUGAAAAGCUUUUGUUAUAUGAUACAGUGCAGAGUGAACUAGAGGAGAAGAUAAGAAGGCUUGAAGAGGACAGGCACAGCAUUGAUAUUACCUCAGAGCUGUGGAACGAUGAGCUUCAGUCAAGAAAAAAGAGGAAGGACCCUUUCAGUCCUGACAAAAAGAAGCCAGUUGUGGUUUCAGGUCCGUAUAUAGUUUAUAUGCUACAAGAUCUUGAUAUUCUUGAAGACUGGACAACAAUAAGGAAGGCAAUGGCUACACUGGGUCCACACAGAGUGAAAACAGAACCACCUGUGAAACUGGAAAAACACCUGCACAGUGCUAGAUCUGAAGAGGGAAGAUUGUAUUAUGAUGGUGAAUGGUAUAUACGUGGACAGACAAUAUGUAUUGACAAAAAAGAUGAAUGUCCUACAAGUGCUGUAAUUACAACAAUUAACCAUGAUGAAGUUUGGUUUAAGAGGCCUGAUGGAAGCAAAUCUAAGCUUUACAUUUCACAGCUACAGAAAGGAAAAUAUUCAAUUAAACAUUCGUAAUCAUGAUUUAAGUGUUAUCUAAAUCUACCUUAUUAGUGUUACCAAGUAUGAUGUGCCAUGGGAAUAAAAAAAAGUAUUCAGUAACUUAAUAUUCUCAUCGAAUCAUGAGAGACUGUGUAUUUGUAGGUAGUACUCUAAGUAGACCUCAUGUUGAUAUGUUAUUAAAAGAGACAGUGAUAAAAGUUUAAUCAUUAUUAUUACAUUUAUUUGCCUUUUUGGCCCAGUGACCAAUAAGUAUAUAUGGU